AUAAGAGAGUUUGGCCCUUCUUUGCCCUACUCCCACAAUCUACUUUUCUCUUCUCCUCCUCUUGUUCUCUGCACUUAUCAUUCAUACCAAUAUCAUAUCAGCAAGAUCCAGCCCUUUUACAGAAGAAAACAAGGCUUUUAAAUUUCUUCUUCAUUAUACAGAAGAAUGAAGUCAGCUGCACUAUAUUACACUGGGUGUGAAGAUCACCACUACCAACCUCAUUUUCUUGAUGCUUGCACUCUUUGCCAAAGACCCUUGGCUCACAACAGUGACAUCUUCAUGUACAGAGGGGAUACACCAUUUUGUAGCCAAGAAUGCAGACAAGAACAGAUAGAAAUGGAUGAAGCUAAUGAAAGAAAAUGGAAACUUUCUGCAUCAAAGAGAUCCUCAAGAACAAAAACAGAAACCCCAACCAAAGAAACUGAUGCAAAUAAAGCUGUGAGAAAUGGCACAGUUGCAGUGGCUUGAAUCUUCAAUCAUGGGAUUUAUUAAUUAAAUCAUGAAUGAGGAAAGCUACAAGCCAAAAAAUUAAAUAAAAAGGGAAGAAAAUGGUUUCUGAUUACGAUAUGGAGCCGUAAUAAAAAUCUUCUGUAAAGAUAUGAUGGGAAUCACGAAGAAGAUGAAGAGAGUGAAUCCCAUCAAACAAUUUUGUUGAAUCUUUUUUUUUUCUUUUUUCUUUUUUCUUUUUUCUUUUUGCGGUUUCUAAUAUUUCCUUUUGUGAAAUAUUUGUGGAUGUAAAUUAAAUGGGCGUCCAUAUAUGGAAUCUGAGAUCUCUAAUAUUUGUAAUCUUCGUGUUUUAUCUUUCUGUUCGGGUAAUCAUCGGCUAAUUCGAGGAUGUAAAAUAUGAAGGUAUCUGAGUUUUCGAUGUUGAUA